CGCCCGCCAUGCUGCUGCUCCGCUCAUCACGCUCUCUCGCCCACCGCGCAGCCCCCCGCGCAUUGACUUGUCUCCGCAGCGUGUCGACCCUCUCAAGCAACCCGGACAUUUAUGUCUUCCCUUCCUCCACCAACACGCAUCACAUCCUAUCGCUGCUGCCCACGAGCCCGCCCACACCUUCCCUCGCCAUCGGCACCACAACCCAACUCCCACCCACCCCCACCACCUUCAAAGAAAACCCCACCUUCCUCGGCAUCCUGCAGUCCGUGCUGCACGUCCACGCGACCCGCGACCCCAACGUCCAAGCCCAAGCCGCCGCCUACGCCUCCACGGCCGGCUCCUCCCUCGGCACCGGCGGCGCCUUCUUCCCCCCCAACCACCCGUCACAGCAGGCGAAGCGCGCGCGCCCCAGCAACCGCGUCGGCGGCGGCUCCAGCAGCGGCGGCGGUGGAGGCGCGGGUGGAGAUGGUGCCGGCGGCGCGAGCGCCCAGGGCGGUGCCGGUGGUGCCGGAAGGGGCGGCUGGGUUCAUGUUAGCGACCUGAGGAACCCACCUGAUUAUGGCCGCAUUGCCUGGCCAGAGGAUAUCUUUGGUAGCGUUGAGGUGGAUGGCGCUGGCCAGUUUGUCGGCUUGAAUGGCAACUACCAAGAUGCCGGCACAUAUCGCAUCUGCACGCGCGAGGGAAUUCUCGGACUGAGCCCCUACCUGAGGGAGCGUCUUGUCGAGCGCUUGAAAGAGCUCGAGGAAAAGGAAAGGAGUUGAUCGAUUCUAUCACCUUCAGCCGCCACUGCCACCAAUGGCUCAAAACACCUCUCCUCUCCACCCCAAAAAGUAAAAUAUACAUCGAUGAU